AAUGUCUGUCUAUGUGUAUGUUUAUUCGGAUCUGGCAUUGCACCACAAAACCUACACAACACACAAAAUUCGUUGUCCAAAAUGCCGCAAAAUCUGUGCCGGUGUGGGCCACAGGUGCUCGGCGCGGCUAAUCGGGCUGUUUACUGCUCUGGGCCGCUGCUCGACGCUGUACAGAGGUCGAAAAUGUUCCCGGACUGCAAGACGUUCGUGGACAUGAAGAGCAAGUAUCCGCCGGAGAGGAUGCUGGGCGACUAUGAGCUGUUCCGAAAUUGCCGCAAGAACGACGGUUCAUUCCAGUUCCUGCAGAUGUUUGUCGAGAAACACUUUUUGGAGAAGGGCACAGAACUGGAGGAGUGGACACCGCCCGACUGGAAGAGUGAGCCGCCGUUCGCCAACAGGAUCGCCGAUCCGGAGCUGAGGAAAUUCGGGGUGGAACUCAACGCCCUGUGGAAGGUGCUGGGCCGCCGCAUGAAGGACGAGGUAAAGGAGAGUCCAGAAAAAUACUCCAUCGUGUACGUGCCAAAUCCGGUGAUUGUGCCGGGCGGCCGCUUCAUCGAGUUCUACUACUGGGACUCGCUGUGGAUCAUCCGCGGUCUGCUGCACUGUGGCAUGCACGAUACGGCCCGGGGCAUGAUCGACAACUUCCUCUCGAUAGUGCGACAAUACGGAUUCGUUCCGAACGGCGGACGCGUCUACUACUACGGACGCUCGCAGCCCCCGAUGCUGAUACACAUGAUGAAGGCCUACGUGGACGUAACACUGGACGAGAAGUACGCCAUCCAGUCGCUGCCGCAGCUCGAGUCCGAGUUCAACAACUUUCUGGAGAAGCACCAGGUGCAGGUGAAGGGUCGCACCAUGUACCACUACCAGGACUACUCGACGGGGCCGCGGCCGGAGUCGUAUCGCGAGGACGUGGCCAGUGCGGCGGAGUUCUUGAGCGAGCCGGAGAAGGAGCGUCACUACACGCAGCUCAAGUCGGCCUGCGAGUCGGGCAUGGACUUUAGCUCGCGCUGGUUCAUUGCCAGGGACGGGUCGAAUCGCGGCACACUGAAGGAUAUCCAGACGACGUCGAUAGUGCCGGUCGAUCUGAAUGUGAUACUAUUUCGCAGCGCAAAGAUCCUGGCCGAGUUCAAUCGCAAGGCAGGCAACGCCAGCAAGGUGGAGGAGUACUCGGACAUUGCCUGCGGCCUCGUGAAGGCGGUGCGCGACGUCCUGUGGAACGAUGAGGCUGGCAUCUGGCUGGACUACGACAUGCUGAACAACAGGCCGCGCCCGUACUUCUCGGCCUCCAACUUCUCGCCGCUGUGGGCACGCGCCUACCCCCUGGUCGACACCGAGAAGAUCUCCAGGGGCGUGAUGAACUACAUCAAGAGCAACAAUCUGGACGACUUCCCCGGCGGAGUGCCCAACACAAUGAACAAGGAGACCGGCCAGCAGUGGGACUACCCCAACGUGUGGCCCCCCAUGAUGUUCAUGAUUAUCGACGGGCUGAACAACCUGGCAACGCCCGAGGCCAGGGCCAUGUCCGAGCGCUGGGCUCAUCGCUGGGUGAAGAACAACUACGAGGCCUACAACAAAACGGGCUACAUGUUCGAGAAGUACAAUUGCGAGAAAUUCGGCUUUGGUGGCGGUGGCGGGGAGUACCAGAAUCAAACGGGCUUCGGCUGGACCAACGGCAUCAUUCUCGAAUACCUCUCCAGAUAUGGCCCGGACCUGUCCCUCGACGACAGCAGUGACGCCCAUUGCACCUGCAGGGCGGGCAAGGCGAACGGCAACCUCGGUGACUGUCCCGUGACCAGUGAAUCCAAAAUAGUAACGAAAAAGAAUUACAUCGUCACCAGCGAGGACAAUAUGGAUGCCCACAAUAGCCCGUUAUACAGUUCGGGUCACAGUCCGGCUCACAGCCCGGCUCACAGCCCGGCUCACAGCCCGGCUCACAGCCCGGACCACUGUCCGAGUACCUGCAUGCAGAAUGCCGUGGGCGAGGCAUCCAAUAUGAUGAAGCAGUCCCUCGUGGCGAACAUAGUCGGACAUCCUGUGGUCGCCAGUCCGAAACGAGCCACGAACCGCGCAUUGGGACGAUCCACGAAUCCCAAAUCCGGACAUUCCACGAUCACCAGCUUUCCACAGCUAAGGGACACUUCCACUGGCGAGUACACUGCAUCUGUUGCUCCACGAGACCAAGCCUCUGCCAUUCCGUUCAAACGAGAACAAGCCAUUAGCCCGACUGUCAGUCCCGGACGAUCUCCGGCCCCUUCACAACCAGAAUCCAGGCUCCCGACCUUUGUGGAGAACAGAGCCGAUCCUUACAGUCGAGAACAGUCCGCUGCUAUUACCAGCCCGGGCCGAUCCAUGAUCCCUAGUCAACGAGAAUCUAGCAUCCCCAACUCUGUCGAGUACACUCAUUCUCCUGAGCGUUACAGUCGAGAACAAUCAGCUGUUGCUGCUCACAAUCGAGAUCAACCCAGUCCAAUACGAUCCCCGACGCUUACAGUGGAUAACCAUAACAAUCCGCUGCUGAUCCUUACGGUGGAGAACAAUAACAACAAUAAUGUGAUUCUUAAUCAACGCCAAUCAAGGAGCCCGUCAUCUCCUUCUCCUGUUCCUCGAGAGCAAGCUUCUGCUCUACCCAGUACGGGACAAUUCCCGAUCCAUAGUGAACACGAAUCCAGCAUUGUGGAGUAUACUGCUUCUAACGAUCCUUACAGUCAGGAACAAUCUGCUGGCGAUCCUUACAGUCGAGAACAAUUCGCUGCAGAUCCUUACAAUCGAGAACAGUCCGCUGUUGAACCUUACGGUCGAGAACAAUUCGCUGCAGUUCCUUACAAUCGAGAACAGUCCGCUGUUGAUCCUUACAAUCAAGAUCGGUCCGCUGCUGAUCCUUACAGCCGAGAACAGUCCGCUGUUGAUCCGUACAAUCGGGAACAAUCCGCUGCAGAUCCUUACAGCCGAGAACAGUCUGCUGUUGAUCCCUACAAUCGGGAACAAUCCGCUGCAGAUCCUUACAGCCGAGAACAGUCUGCUGUUGAUCCCUACAAUCGGGAACAAUCCGCUGCUGAUCCUUACAGUCGAGAAAAAUCUUCAGCUGAUGCUAAAAACCGGGGAAAAUUUGCUCCUGAUCCUUACAGUCGAGUAAAGUCUGCUGUUGAUCCUUACCAUCAAUCAAAAUCUGCUGCUGAUCCCUACAGUCGAGAACAAUCUGCUGCAGAUCCUUACAAUCGAGAACGGUCCGCUAUUGAUCCUUACGGUCGAGAACAGUCCGCUGUUGAUCCUUACAGUCGCGAACAGUCCGCAGUUGAUCCUUACAGUCGCGAACAGUCCGCAGUUGAUCCUUACAGUCGAGAACAGUCCGCAGUUGAUCCUUACAGUCGAGAACAGUCCGCAGUUGAUCCUUACAGUCGAGAACAGUCCGCAGUUGAUCCUUACAGUCGACAACAGUCGGCUGUUGAUCCUUACAUUCAAGAACAAGCUACUGCUGAUCCUCAGUAUCCACGAUGCCUACAAUGUCUAGGACUACCGACGAGGAAUACUCAACCACAAUACAGGAUCAUGGCCGCUGUCCCGUUCACUGCUGCUGCUGUUCCAUACAAUGCCCCUGUGGAGUCAUCCUCUACUGUUCCCUACAAUGGGGAACAAUCAGCUACUGAGCCAUACAAUCAAGAACAGACCGCUGCUGAUCAACGAGGGACCAGGUUCACGUCCUCUCACCGGUAUGCUCCUAGUGCUGUUCCACUAUCCACCAUAGUAGCUCCUUGUGGGUGUAACGCAGUCGACUCAGGACAUAAUUCGGAGUCAAGGCAAUAUAUACCAGACCCAGUGAACACCCUAGCACCCCGAAUAAUCAGGAGCCAAUCGGGAUACGAUGGUGCCGAUCCUGAAGACCUUCCAGAGGGCUGCUCCAUCUGUCCGCACUGUGGUGGCAUACAGCAAGCACCGACCGUGGAUUGCAAGGCAACAAACCAACCAUCGGAGGCAUCGGUGCCAGUGAGACCAGUGCAUCAAACGGAUUCCGAUUGUGGAUGCUCGUCGCCUACCAGUGUGUCCCGUGUGCCAGUGGGGGCAGUCGCGCCAGUGGCGCCAGUGGAGGCAACGGAUUCCGACUGCGAAUGUGCGCCGCCUACCAGCAGCACCAAGCUACCGGCCAUCAAGCAGUUCCCACUGGCCGAUCAAAAAGGAACAGAUUGUCCGGAGGAGGUUAAUCAGGGGGAGCAGGGAGAGCAGGGGAAACCAGUCGAAAAGAUGUGCUGCGGCUGCCCCAUUUACCCUCCGCCCAAGUAAGAGUCUGAUUUUCAAACACUGUAAAAUUCAAAUUUUCGAUCACAUAAUAGACAAACACGCAGCCGAAAAAUGAAUGCGUUCUGG